CAGUGGAUUCUUUGUAGAGGUCAGCAGAGCCCUUCAUGUUACAGAGGAUAUGGAGACCAGGACAAGACGAACACAACAGUCUAGAAGCAUCAUCUCUGCUUGCUGGACAAAACAGUUAGCUCCACUACCCAAAGGUCUGGAGAAGAACCGAGUCGCCAGUGAACCUGAUGUGGGAUUUUAAACAACAACUAAUGCUGGGAUUGCUAUUCUAUCAAUCGUCCAAGAAGUAACAGAGAAGACCCCACAUCAAGGGUUGCUGAUCUUCCACUUUUGAUGAAGACUAGUGGUCCAGCAGAAGCAGACCAAGUUCCUGAGCACAGAUGGCGGCGCCCGUCGCCAGCAAGGCAGGGUCCGCCGGCCCCGGCAGCAAGCCUCCCUUGCCGGAGCUGGAUUUCCGAUCGGGAGCCCGCGUGGAGGAGCUCAAUAAACUCAUCCAGGAAUUCACCAAGCACGACCAGCGCGAGUACGACGACCAGCGAGCCCUGGAGAUCCACACGGCCAAGGACUUCAUCUUCUCCAUGCUGGGCAUGGUGCAGAAACUUGACCAGAAGCUGCCUGUAGCCAAUGAAUACCUGCUGCUUUCGGGCGGCGUGCGGGAAGGUGUGGUGGACAUUGACCUCGAUGAGCUGAAUGUUUAUGCGCGAGGGACAGACUAUGACAUGGACUUCACCCUGCUGGUGCCCGCGCUGAAGCUGCACGAUCGCAACCAACCGGUCACRCUGGACAUGCGCCACUCGGCUUUGUGCCACUCCUGGCUGAGCCUUCGGCUCUUUGACGAAGGAACCAUCAGCAAGUGGAAGGACUGUUGCACCAUCGUGGACCAUAUCAACGGAGCUACGAAUUAUUUCUUCUCGCCAACAAAAGUAGCAGACUGGUUCUAUGACUCCAUUAGCAUUGUCCUGUCUGAGAUCCAGAAAAAGCCUCAGCGAGGGAUGCCUAAGGUGGAGAAGGUAGAGAAAAACGGGACUAUCAUAUCUAUCAUUUUGGGAGUGGGCAGCAGCCGCAUGCUGUAUGACAUUGUCCCUGUGGUGUCCUUCAAGGGUUGGCCAGCAGUGGCCCAGAGUUGGCUGAUGGAGAACCACUUUUGGGAUGGGAAGAUCACAGAGGAGGAAGUCAUAAGUGGGUUUUACUUAGUGCCUGCAUGCUCCUACAAGGGGAAGAAGGACAAUGAAUGGAGGCUCUCAUUUGCCAGAAGUGAAGUGCAGCUGAAAAAGUGCAUCUCCAGCAGCCUCAUGCAAGCCUAUCAGGCCUGCAAAGCUAUCAUCAUCAAACUGCUUUCCCGCCCCAAAGCCAUUAGCCCCUAUCAUUUACGGAGCAUGAUGCUUUGGGCUUGCGACAGGCUACCAGCCAGCUACUUGUCUCAGGAGGAUUACGCUGCUCAUUUCCUCCUGGGUCUCAUUGAUGACCUCCAGCACUGCUUGGUCAACAAGAUGUGCCCUAACUAUUUUAUCCCCCAGUGCAACAUGCUGGAGCACCUCUCUGAAGAGACGGUCAUGCUGCACGCGCGGAAGUUGUCCUCGGUGCGCUCAGACCCUGCCGAACACCUUCGAACUGCCAUCGAACACGUCAAAGCGGCCAACCGGCUAACGCUGGAGCUCCAGCGGCGGGGCAGCACCACCAGCAUCCCCUCCCCGCAGUCGGAUGGAGGAGACACCAACCAGCCUGACGACCGAUUAGCCAAAAAGUUGCAGCAGUUAGUGACUGAGAACCCGGGGAAGUCCAUCUCGGUCUUCAUCAACCCCGAUGACGUCACGAGGCCCCACUUCAGAAUCGACGAUAAAUUUUUCUGAGCUUUCCUCAAUGUUUCUUUGGAGUUUUUGUUUUGUUUCAAAGAACUCUUACGGUGUGUAGGUUUUCUUGGUUGAUUUUUCUUGAUGACUCGGUCGCUUGUUUUUUACAUAUCCAGCAUAUAUUGGAUCUGUUGAGAACAAUAUGAAUAAAUUAUAAUUCCUGGUUCUGCAGGACAGUGCAGAUUUUGAAACAGUAUAUUAUGGUUUCCUACGCUGCGUUUGGUUUUUUAGCCCACCCAGCCCUAUUGUCUGUGAGUAGCUUCUAAAGGAGAACAGAUCCCAUUAACACACAUACCUGUGUUAUAUAUAAUUUUUUUUCAAGCUUCCAUAAUUUAUGUAUGUUUUUGGGCCAGUGAAGGGAGAACUCACCUUCCAUUGCUUGGGAAAUUCUCUUUUUCUUUCCGUGAGCUUCCGUCACCCUAAAGAAAUGAUGAGAGACUCUAGGCUGGAAAGCAUUACUGGCAAUUUGAUGAGGCCAAACCCAUGGGGCUGAAGCCCUGUUCAUCUGUUCUUCACACUUCUCACAGUAGAGGAGAAAGUUGACUUUAGAGAAAUGGUGAUGCAGCUUUUGAGGGGAAGAGUUGUUUUUGUUUUAAACUACUUUUUGAAUGUAAUUGUUCAUAAUUGGACCUUGUACAGUCCAGAGAGAUGUUUCUGCUGCUUUUCCGUGCAGAAUAAGGUUAUGGAAUGUUAGUUUUAGUGUGUGUAAUUAUUCAAAGCCUUAUUUAAAUUCUAUUAAAGAACAUACCAUUAUAAAUGUUAAUUGCACUAAUGAAAUCUCUGCCAUUACCUCAGCCCCACUGUUUGUGUUUCUUUCUCCAUCAAUUAGCUUCUGUUAUUAGGUCCCAAUAUUGCAGAUUGCUGGAGGCCCUUUGGAUCUCAUGGUUUCAGGUGACAAUUACUUGAUUGUCUUUUGUAAAAGACUCUUCCUUGUUAGCCCCAUCCUGUGUGAGAAGCCAAAUUUUGGCAUUGGCAUAUUUCUUUGAGUGUUUAUCGUGUGCUGCAGUGCAUAUUGCAUUAAUAUGUAUUGCAUGUUGUUGAAACAGGUUUACCAUUAGAUAAGGAUGUAGCGCUAAAGCAGUGGUAUGUGCAAAGUGACCAGACCUAGAGCAAAGGAGCGAUCUUGCUUCUGUGAUGCAUGUAUUAGGCCUGAUCCUAUAUGGCAAUUGCCAUUCCCUUGACCCCUGCGGUCUGACGUAGCUGGGACAUGCGAGAUCUUACCUAGGUCUCAUAUUUGCAGAAGUUGUGUUUGUAUGUAAACUUGUAGUGCAACAGUAGCCUUGUUCUCUGCAAAACACAAUCGCUUUCCUUUUGUGUGUAGGAUAAGAUGURCGGUAACAAGAGUUAGUCUGAGCCAAAAAUAACUCCAAGAGUUCAAGGAUGGAGUGGCCUUUUGUGGCUGGCUGGCCAGUGACUGAUAUUUAGGCCUUAAAUCAGCAGUUUGGGUUUACUGAUUAUCCCAGAGAAGCUGUUCUGAUCCAAACUUGAUGCAUGUUGUAAAAUGUGAUUAUUAGGGCAGGUUGAAUUAUUUUUUAAAUAUUUGACAGACAAAUACGGCACAUAGCUGGUAAAUUCUGACAGUUGAAAUAGUCUGAAAGUUGUGUAUGAAAAAAAGGUGUCAUGUUUUUAGCCCAGCCUUUCUGUUACAGAGACCAGGCUGGUGGAGCAACACAGGAGCUUUGGAAACUGCAUUAGCUUGUCAGGUGGCAGGGAUGUUUAAAUACCUGAAUUCGUGCCCAGSUGACUUCCUAAGUCACUUUGGCUUCUUCAUCUCUUGGUCAUAUUUGAAUCCUUCACUCCAGGGCUGCAGCUAGUGCAUUCACAUUUACUUGAAUUUACAGAUGUUCUCUUACACAAGCUGGAGGACAAUUGGCUGGUGAGCAGGAGCCCCAGCACAGCUGCAGCUGGGGCCUGGGGAAGGAUGUGCGUUGACUUCAGUGGAAGCAGAGCUGAGUCCUAAUGAUGUGGCUGUUGCCAAAGAUGAGUGUCUGUUGAAAC